AGGUGGAUGAUUUAGCAGGUUGCUGAUUAUCCCUGUUAAUAACAAAAAGCCCUUCGACCGGGAUCACUAAAGCACUUUGUUCUCUCUCGUCUGAUGUUUAGAUGCAUCUGACCACAGACGGAGCACCGUCAGAAAGAAGUGUCAAGCCUUUCAAGAGAGUUUGAUGACAUGAGACUGAACUUCACAAGAGACGGAGGCUGGAUGGACACAUGAUGGGUGAAAAUGAAACAAUCCAGGGCAGAAAAUAAGAAGACGAAGAAGAUGCAGAUCAGAAACUCCCUGGCAGACGUCUGACACACACUGAUCCUGAUGGCUCCCGCUGUGAUUCUCAUCGGCUGUCUGCUGGCCACAAUGAGCUGCUCAACCACAGCUCAAAGUACCACUCCACCUACCACAGAUCAAACUAAUACUACAUCGGUACUAACCACAGAAAAUACUACAACUACCACAUCAGUUACCUCUUUACCUGCCACAACACCACCAGCUUCUACCACAUCUACAACACCACCUGCACCAGCACCGACUACAACUACAACUACAACGCCACCUUCACCAGCAUCGACUACAACGCCACUUUCAACACCUCCGACAACUACAACACCACCUUCACCAGCAUCGACUACAACGCCACUUUCAACACCACCGACUACAACUACAACAUCACCUUCACCAGCAUCGACUACAACGCCACUUUCAACACCACUGACUACAACUACAACAUCACCUUCACCAGCAUCGACUACAACGCCACUUUCAACACCACCGACUACAACUACAACAUCACCUUCACCAGCAUCGACUACAACGCCACUUUCAACACCACCGACUACAACUACAACGCCACCUUCACCAGCAUCGACUACAACGCCACUUUCAACACCUCCGACAACUACAACACCACCUUCACCAGCAUCGACUACAACGCCACUUUCAACACCACCGACUACAACUACAACAUCACCUUCACCAGCAUCGACUACAACGCCACUUUCAACACCACCGACUACAACUACAACAUCACCUUCACCAGCAUCGACUACAACGCCACUUUCAACACCACCGACUACAACUACAACACCACCUUCACCAGCAUCGACUACAACGCCACUUUCAACUCCUCCAACUACAACUACAACAUCACCUUCACCAGCAUCGACUACAACGCCACUUUCAACUCCUCCAACUACAACUACAACACCACCUUCACCAACAUCGACUACAACGCCACUUUCAACACCACCGACUACAACUACAACACCACCUUCACCAGCAUCUACUACAUCUACAACACCUGCAUCACCACCGACGACAAUUCCAGAGCCAUCUACACCACCGACUACCACGACUGCAAUUCCUGUAAAUCCAUCAACAUUGAAUAGUAACCCCAGUAGUGUGACCUCCAUCCCGGUAACCACACGGCCUGGAGUGACCAAUGCAACAACAACUACUACAACAACAACAACUCAGACUCCCGUUUAUGGAAGUUGUGGGAAUCUGUGCUGCUCUGGGAGGAAUGACAGCUGUAGCCGCUUGAACUGUUUUUGUGAUGUUGCUUGUCUGAGAUUACGCGACUGCUGCCCUGAUUUCAAACACACCUGCCUCACAGUCAAUAACAGCACCAACAGUACAAAACCAAACACUUUGCCACUAACAGGAAAGUGUUCAGAACCAACUUUGUGCUGCAGUGGCUUAAACUACGACUGUUUCAGAGGCUGUUUUUGUGACGAGGCCUGUAAACAGCUCAAUGACUGCUGCCCCGACCUCAACAGCACAUGCGUUUUCAAUACCACAACUGCAGCCCCUCCAGUAAACUUUACUACAGCCCCUCCAUUCAUCUCCUCUGCAGCUCCAUCUCAAGUGACUAAUAACACCAGUAAUGCGACAACCAUCCCUGUAACCACACGGCCUGGAGUGACCAAUGCAACAACAACAACCAGUCAAACUCCUCUCAGUGGAAGUUGUGGGAAUCCAGGUCUGUGCUGCUCUGGAGUGAAUAACUCCUGUCACCGCUUGAACUGUUUUUGUGAUGUUGCUUGUCUGAGAUUUCACGACUGCUGCCCUGAUUUCAAACCCACCUGCCUCACAGUGAAUAACAGCUCCAACGGCACUAAACCAAACAACACUUUGCCACUGACGGGAAAGUGUUCAGAGCCGACUCUGUGCUGCAGUGGCUUAAACUUCAACUGUUUCAGAGGCUGUUUUUGUGACGAAGCCUGUAAACAGUUCAAUGACUGCUGCCCCGACCUCAACAGCACAUGCAUUUUCAAUACUACAACUACAGCCCCUCCAGUAAACUUUACUACAGCCACUCCAUUCACCUCCUCUGCAAAACCUCCAGUGAUCUCCACUGCAGCUCCAACCCUAGAUGUUCUCACAUUACUCACUAAUCUGGAGGUGGAGGUUUUGGCCGAGGAGUCAUCCACUGAAGAAGAGCGUCAGGCUGCACUGCGUCAGGUUGGCGCUUUGCUGGAGAGUUACUUAAGAGAGAAUAAUACUGACAUCUACUCUUUUGAGGUCACGAGAAUUCAGCCAGUAUCACCAUGUGAUUGAGUCAGAAAUCAGUCGAGAGGGACAGACGCGAAUAAUAAUAAUCGCUGCUGGACUUUUACUAUCUUAAAAUGAGAUUAUUUAUGGUGACGGUUCAACUUAAACAUUGCUUUUUCCAACACAACAUAUCCAUUUAUAUGCUUUAAUCUUAAACAUACAAGCACUGUACAUGUGUAAAUCAAACUAUGAAAAGAAUGUGUAAAAAAACACCAGAUUGAUUAUCUGAUUUAUUGUAGUUCCUUGUUCCUCCUUCAUUUGCACGGAGGGGAAUCUGCUACUGCUGUUUUAACACUGUCUUCAUCUAGUUUUUGAGAUUCCUGUAUGAUUAUUACACUGAAAAUAAACACCUGAUGAGAUGAAA